UCUCCCUCGUGACCAGCAGCCAAUUUGUACAGGUGUUGUGACCAUGCAGAGGAACAGCUCAGAAGGAGUUGGAGCUGUCCUCUUGCUCUUGUUGGUGUAAGCAGAUCUGAGCAUAACCAGCGUCAGUAUUGAGAUUGUUUAGCAGAAAGUCUUCUCCUUAGCAGAAAUUAAACACAUAAUUUACUUUCAACCAGGUUGUAUUUCCAGGGUGCCUACGGUGACUGCUGGGAAAACGCUGAUCCAGUUAUAAGUGGUCCCUGCUCUCAGAGAGCUCCAUUAUCCCAGGGGGCUAAAGGCUACCACUUUCCAAGUGCUUCUGAGGCACCACUUGCCAUGUUUUUCCUGCAUUUCUGCUUUAGUCUUGCAGCAGCCACGUGAGUUUGAAUUCUUGGGAUCCGCUUCUUAGCUGAGUGAGAGCACGUCUCCCACUUGCUGACAGACGUGAUGUUUUACCGGUUGCUAUCGGUGGUCCGAAGACCAAGAAGCAACCGAGGAUGGCAGGAGUGGUCCUCAGCCAGAAGCGGUGCGUCAGCUGCCGAAGCACAUUCUGUGGCCCUGCCUUCCCAGGCACAGGUGGUCAUCUGUGGUGGUGGAAUCAUGGGCACAUCUGUGGCCUAUCAUCUCUCCAAGAUGGGCUGGAAGGAUAUCGUCCUUUUGGAGCAGGGCAGGCUGGCUGCUGGCUCUACGAGGUUCUGUGCUGGCAUCCUAAGCACCGCCAGGCACUUGACCAUUGAGCAAAAGAUGGCAGACUACUCAAACAAACUCUACCGUCAGUUAGAGCAAGAAACAGGGAUCCAUACAGGUUACAUAAGGACAGGCUCGAUCUUUCUGGCCCAAACUCAGGACCGGCUGAUCUCCCUGAAACGCAUCAAUUCAAGGCUGAAUGUUAUAGGCAUCCCCUCCGAGAUCAUCUCCCCCAAGAAAGUGGCCGAACUUCACCCUCUCCUCAAUGUGCACGACCUGGUGGGGGCCAUGCAUGUCCCCGAGGAUGCAGUGGUGUCCUCUGCUGAUGUGGCUCUUGCCCUGGCAAGUGCUGCCUCCCAAAAUGGUGUUCAGAUCUAUGACCGGACAAGUAUUCUUCAUGUUAUGGUGACGAAAGGUCAAGUCACCAGUGUGGAGACUGAUAAAGGACAGAUCCAGUGCCACUAUUUUGUCAACUGUGCUGGUCAGUGGGCAUACGAGCUGGGUCUGUCCAACGAGGAGCCGGUUAGUAUCCCGUUACAUGCCUGCGAACACUUCUACCUUCUGACUCGCCCCUGGGAGACCCCUCUGCAGAGCAACACACCAACUAUUGUGGAUGCCGAUGGAAGAAUUUAUAUUCGGAACUGGCAGGGUGGCAUCCUGUCUGGGGGCUUUGAGAAGAACCCAAAACCAAUUUUCACUGAGGGCAAGAACCAGCUGGAGAUUCAGAAUCUACAGGAAGACUGGGAUCACUUUGAGCCCCUGUUGAGUUCCCUGCUGCGUAGGAUGCCAGAACUGGAGACUCUGGAGAUCAUGAAGUUGGUGAAUUGCCCCGAGACCUUCACCCCGGACAUGAGGUGCAUCAUGGGCGAGUCCCCUUCAGUGCGGGGCUACUUCGUCCUGGCGGGAAUGAACUCUGCUGGCCUUUCGUUUGGUGGAGGAGCUGGAAGGUACCUCGCUGAGUGGAUGGUGCAUGGCUAUCCCUCAGAAAGUGUCUGGGAACUGGACCUGAAACGUUUUGGAGCCCUCCAGAGCAGCCGGACCUUCCUGCGCCACCGUGUCAUGGAAGUCACGCCCCUGCUCUACGAUCUGAAGGUUCCCCGUUGGGACUUCCAGACAGGAAGGCAGUUACGCACAUCUCCUCUGUAUGACCGGCUGGAUGCACAAGGAGCCAGGUGGAUGGAGAAACAUGGAUUUGAGAGGCCAAAGUACUUUGUGCCACCAGACAAGGACCUGUUGGCCUUGGAGCAGAGCAAGACUUUUUACAAGCCUGACUGGUUUGAGAUUGUAGAGUCCGAAGUCAAGUGCUGUAAGGAGGCCGUGUGUGUCAUUGACAUGUCCUCUUUCACAAAGUUUGAAAUAACAUCCACCGGGGAUCAGGCAUUAGAAAUUCUCCAGUACCUCUUCUCCAAUGACCUCGACGUGCCCGUGGGCCACAUCGUGCAUACCGGCAUGCUCAACGAGGGUGGAGGGUACGAAAAUGACUGCAGCGUAGCACGGCUGAGCAAGCGCAGUUUCUUCAUGAUUUCUCCAACCGACCAACAGGUCCACUGUUGGGCCUGGCUUAAGAAAUACAUGCCAGAAGACAGCAACCUGAUUCUGGAGGACGUCACCUGGAAAUACACUGCCCUCAAUCUGAUUGGUCCUCGAGCUGUGGAUGUGCUGUCUGAGCUGUCCUAUGCACCUAUGACUCCAGACCAUUUCCCAAGUCUGUUCUGCAAGGAGAUGAGCGUGGGCUACGCAAAUGGGAUCCGGGUGAUGAGCAUGACUCACACGGGAGAGCCAGGAUUCAUGCUUUAUAUUCCUAUAGAGUACGCCCUGCACGUAUACAACGAAGUGAUGAGUGUUGGACAGAAAUAUGGAAUCCGGAAUGCUGGGUAUUACGCUCUUCGUAGUCUCCGAAUUGAAAAGUUUUUUGCCUUCUGGGGUCAGGAUUUAAACACUCUCACCACACCCCUGGAAUGCGGACGAGAGUCUCGGGUGAAGUUAGACAAGGGGAUGGAUUUCAUUGGGCGAGAUGCCCUGCUGCAGCAGAAGCAGAACGGGGUGUACAAACGCCUCACUAUGUUCAUCCUGGACGACCACGACACAGACCUGGACCUCUGGCCUUGGUGGGGGGAGCCCAUUUACCGAAACGGGCAGUACGUGGGCAAGACCACCAGCAGCGCAUACGGUUACACCCUGGAGCGCCACGUGUGCCUGGGCUUCGUGCACAAUUUUUCCGAGGACACCGGAGAAGAGCAGGUGGUGACAGCAGAUUUCAUCAACCGGGGAGAAUACGAGAUUGACAUCGCAGGACACCGGUUCCAGGCCAAAGCCAAGCUCUACCCGGUCACCUCCCUCUUCACCCAUAAGCGCCGAAAGGAGGACGUGGAGCUAAGUGACUUGCACGGGAAGUAAUGUCAGGCAGUCUCGCCACCUUCUCAACUUCUAGUCAUCCUAGGAGCUUUUCUCCUCCUCCUGAUCCCAUCCCUCUUCUUGAUUUAACCUUUGCCUCCCACCUCUUACCUCCUUGAUAUAAUUUUCAGCGUUUAAAACUUUUCCUUUGCACCCUCUCUUGUCCCUCCAUCUCCUCCUCCCUCCUCCUGCAGUUUCCCAUCUCCUGAUACUCUGGGCUGGUCAUGUCCCUCCACCUGUCUCAGGCUCCUGUGGGGACGGGAAGGCAGGACAGAGGUGGACUCCACGUGUGGAAGUGGGUUACAGUGACAGCCUGACUUAAUGCUGUGUCUU